AUGGAGGUCGACCAGUCAGCAAGCUUCUUCCGCCUGGCGUUCGGAUCUGUCUGUGUCGAGACGUCUUUUAUCGCCACCUUCGUUUUUGUGGUGCUUCGGACCCCACCGCAGGCUACAAACAAGCGCAUUGCCGGGCUGGUCGUCCUUGGCGCGGCGACCCACACGAUGGAGAGGCUGAUCGUACAGGCGUGCAUGAGUAACGGCCGGCCGCAAUGGGCUGCCAUCCUGGUGUCGCUGCUGUGGGUCCAGCUGCUCAACGCGUCCGACCUCAUCCUGGUGCUCCGCGUACAUGCUAUUCAGAUUUCACAGCCUCGCGGACAGCGUCCUGGGGCGCUCGGGGGCGUGAGGUCGGCUGCAGGCAUUCUCUUCAACUCACGCCGGGUCGGCACCCCGUGGCAGGUGAGGAAUACGCCGUCCACUGCCGGCCUUGAAAGCCAACGCCGGACCACGUUUCUGCUCGGCCGGAUCGCCAUGACGAUUCCGGCAUACAUUUUCGUCGACAUCAUGACCUCCUUGCCGCCGCCCGACCCGGCUUUCUUGAGGGCGGAUAAGGCAGCUCUUUUCCCGGUCGACAGCUUGGGCGUCGAGGACAUUAUUUUCCGGCUCGCAACGACGAUUUCGUACUGGGUGAUCACUGGCAUCUGCCUCAUGGUGAUGAACAACACGGGCGCGAUCAUCGGGGUCUUAUUAGGUCUCUGCCGGCCUGUCGAUUGCCCACCGCCCUUCGGUUCUUUCUUGGAAGCGUACACGAUUCGUCGCUUCUGGGGUAUCAGUUGGCAUCAAAUGCUGCGGUCGUUUCUCACGGGGCACGCCGACUUGCUCGUUAGCAAGACUCUUCCCUUUUUGCCGCGCAACUCAGCUGCGCACCGGCAUUCGCGACUGGUAGCUGCCUUUCUCAUCUCCGGCCUGAUACACUGGCGCGCCGAUCAGGCUCAGGGUGUACCAAAUGCUGAAAAUGGGGCUUUGGUCUUCUUUUCCCUACACGCUGCUUGUAUUGUUCUGGAGGACCACCUUGGGCCUGUCUUUGUCAAGUUGCUGCCCAGGCGCGUCCGUCACAUACUGGGUUACUUCUGGGUUCUCGCUUUCUUUGCUUGGAGCGCUCCAGUUUACAUGUACCCCAGCAUGCGACUCGGAUCUGAUGGGACUGCGAUGUUACCUGCCCGCAUUAUUGGGCCCUUCAUACGCGCGUAA